UGCUGUCAGCGCGGUCACACUGAAAUCAGGCAAAGAAUGCCGAGUCAUAAUUAAAGUAAAAAUAUAAAAUUAACUCGAGAAGUAUUCGUAUGGUGGCAGAAACAACACAAAUAAUAACGAAUUAAAACGCAACAAAACACACGAGAAAAUGACGGUAACGAAUCGGAUGGAAAUCGAGUCGGCCUACCAAAAAGGUGAGGGAUUCCGGUCUUACUACAUCCAGAAGAUCGAGGAACUGCAACUGAUUGUGGCCGAGAAGAGUCAGAAUUUGAGGCGUCUCCAGGCCCAGCGAAAUGAGCUCAAUGCCAAAGUUCGCAUGUUGCGGGAGGAGCUGCAGUUGCUCCAGGAACAGGGCAGCUACGUGGGCGAGGUUGUGAAGCCGAUGGAUAAGAAGAAGGUGCUGGUCAAAGUGCAUCCGGAGGGCAAAUUCGUCGUCGAUCUGGACAAGAACAUUGAUAUCAACGACGUAACCCCCAAUUGCCGUGUUGCCCUGCGCAACGAAAGCUAUACUCUCCAUAAGAUUCUGCCCAACAAAGUGGAUCCGCUGGUCUCACUGAUGAUGGUCGAAAAGGUUCCUGAUUCCACAUACGAAAUGGUUGGUGGCCUGGACAAGCAGAUUAAGGAAAUCAAGGAGGUUAUUGAGUUGCCCGUAAAACAUCCAGAGCUGUUUGAUGCCCUGGGUAUUGCCCAACCGAAGGGAGUGCUGCUCUACGGACCUCCGGGCACAGGAAAGACCCUACUGGCCAGGGCCGUUGCCCAUCACACCGAAUGCACCUUCAUCCGAGUGUCCGGCUCGGAGCUGGUCCAGAAAUUCAUCGGUGAGGGUUCGCGCAUGGUGCGAGAAUUGUUCGUCAUGGCCCGCGAGCAUGCGCCUUCUAUUAUCUUCAUGGACGAAAUCGAUUCAAUUGGUUCGUCGCGUAUUGAGUCUGGAUCCGGCGGCGAUUCCGAGGUGCAACGUACCAUGCUGGAGCUGCUCAACCAACUGGAUGGCUUCGAGGCCACCAAGAACAUCAAGGUGAUCAUGGCCACCAAUCGGAUUGACAUCCUUGAUCCCGCCCUGUUGCGUCCCGGCCGCAUUGAUCGCAAGAUCGAGUUCCCGCCACCAAACGAGGAGGCCCGUCUGGACAUCUUGAAGAUCCACUCCCGUAAGAUGAACCUUACGCGUGGCAUUAAUCUGCGGAAGAUCGCCGAACUGAUGCCAGGCGCAUCGGGUGCGGAGGUCAAAGGCGUCUGCACGGAGGCCGGCAUGUAUGCGCUGCGAGAGCGACGCGUGCAUGUCACCCAGGAGGACUUUGAGAUGGCCGUGGCCAAGGUGAUGCAGAAGGACUCGGAAAAGAACAUGUCUAUCAAGAAGCUGUGGAAGUAGACUACUCACAUGCGCACGCAAACCUUAUUUCAUUGUCAAUAAAUAUAUCAGUUAGUAACAUAAA